AUGCCUCCCAAGGUCGCAAAGAAGCUUACUGCUUCCCAAAGUCAGCGUACCAUCUCUAACACGCAAGCCGAGCCUCGUCACACCAGUCAGGAGCAGGCUGCCCAACCUGAUGCAGAGAUUCAAAUUGAUGGCGACAAUCAACCAGAUGCCGAUGACCCUUUGAGCAGUGCUGACAGCAACGUCGCCGACGUCACAAUGGCCUCUACCGCCGAUGGCGCCGCAGCCUCUGCAGCUGACACUGCUGCCUCUUCUGCUGAUGAGGUUGAGACCAAAGUCUCAUCAAAGAAGAGGCCUGCAGGAAAGAAGGUUCCUGCUACUGAUGGUAACAAGAGAAAGCGCAAGCGCAAGCACGACCCUACCAACUUCCAGGCCUACAUCCACAAGAGUUUGUCUAUUUACCCAAUCUUGACACCAUUUGUGUAUAUCAAUGACUGA